AUGUCUUCUACGAGCCCAUCUGAUCGCCCUUUGUCGAAGAAGAAAGUCACGUCCAAAGAAAUCAUCAUAAGCAAGAAUCUCGCCAGCGGCAAUGCUCUUCAGAUCAAUGGAGACGCAGUCGAUCAAAUGUGGAAUGUCCAUGUCAAUCUGAAGAUGGGAACGAUACCGACAAAGAAUAUAGUCCUCUACCCCAAGCUCAGCAAUAACCGUGAAGUUGUUCGGGCGAUUUUUCGACCUUCCAUCCCUGAGAAUUUCAUCGCACGUAGGAUAGUCCGACGUCUGAAAAUGGAGAUUGACGGUCAUUCCGCAACUGCGAAGUCUCUCAUCUUGGGUGAGACGACGGUUUCAUCCACUACAACCUACGUCGAUCUCGCCUGUUCCGCGGAAAACAGCAGCAAGCGCGUCACACACCGGUUUUACAUCGCCCGUCGGUGCCCGUUCGAUGUGCUUUUCGGCUCACAGUGUAUACGCUCUGUAGCCGACUGA